AUGGCAGUCGUGCUCAAUGAAAAGGAGCCAGUCGAAGGCCACUCUGAUGGAUCAAUGGUAGAUUCUCGCGAGAAUGGAAGGGCAUCUAUAUCCGAUUCCCAUCAGGCUAAAAGGAAAGAUAUUCUUCGAGGAUGUGAAGAGAGGGACGUGGAGUCAUUGAUAGCCCUUGCAACUUCACAAGGUGGUUUACUGCAUGAUGAUCUUCGCAAACUUGCGUGGCCUAUUUUGCUUGGAUAUGAUUGCGAUUCACAUACUGCGCCCCCAGGGGUGGAUGGCCUCCCUAAGCACCGUGAUGAAGAUCAAGUUAAACUGGAUGUUAACCGGGCCUUUGUGCAUUAUCCUAACUGCCAAACGGAUAAACAGUUAGAAACCAAGAAGGACGAGCUAUUUAACCUAAUCAUAUCCGUCCUUAAAAAGAACCCCAUGUUGUGCUAUUUUCAAGGAUACCACGAUAUUGCACAAGUUUUGCUCCUGGUCCUAGGCCCACAGGACUCAUUCCCCGCAAUUGAGCGAGUCUCACUCUUCCGCAUAAGAGAUUACAUGCUCUCCUCGCUGUCCCCGGCUGUUAAGCACCUUCAACUGCUCCCUGCUUUGCUACAUGGUGCAGAUAUGGAACUGUAUCGGCACGUGUCCGGCACCCAGCCAUUCUUUGCCCUCGCUGCGACGCUUACGCUCUAUGCGCACGAUAUCCAAGAGUAUAGUGACAUAGCAAGACUAUUUGAUUUUAUAUUAUCCCACGAGCCAGUGGUCUCGAUCUAUCUCUUUGGAUCCAUUAUCCUCUCCAGACGGAAAGAACUUCUUGAGAUACCCGUUGAUGAACCGGAGAUGAUGCAUUUUACUCUUUCAAAACUACCCCAUCCGCUCGACUUGGAGAUGCUGAUAUCCAGCGCCCUGGAACUAUACGCCAAACACCCCCCUGAGUCGCUUCCUUUCCGCGCUUGGCGAAAGAUUUCACCAAACAGCGUUCUGAAAACGUCUCGAGACCUUGCGUUGCGGGCUACUCCGACAGAAGCAAGAGACCUAUUCGAAAAACAAACCCGCGACCUUCAGCGAGAGGAGAGACGACAAAAGGCCUUAAUUUUCCUACGAAGUAACUCACGACUCUUCGGCUCAAUUGGACUAGCGAUAUUCGUUGGCGUUUUCUCGUACUGGGUUGCGAAAAACAACUACGAUAUUUCGGCGGUAUGGCGACUCUGCGCUAGCAGGCUACGCACCACGAUAUGGUGA